GUUUAUUUACCUUUGACCUAAAUAAACAUCAACAAUGACCUGAAAUGGCGACAGAUGAAGAGAUUAUUUUUGAGGAUCAUCUAUAUAAACUGUCUGGAAAUAAAGGGAAGGGAUUUUGGUCAAAGAAUAAUCCAUGGAAGCAGAAAUAUUUCAUUCUUAAAAAGAUAGGAGAUAGACCAGUUCUAGAAUAUUACAAUAAGAAACCCAAAAGUAAAAAUUCUAGUUCACCUAAAGAUAAAGUUGUAUUAUGGCCAAGCUACAGAUUAGAGAAAGUAACCAAUACUCGAAACCGAGCCUAUGUGUUCGAAGUCACGACCCAGGACAAAUAUUUAUGUUUGUCAGCAGACGAACAGAGGAGCAUGGAUAUAUUUGUCUUUAUUCUCCAGAGUCAGAUGCAGCUCAAGAAACAAAUCAAAGAUGACAUGGUCAUUGUUCAGCCAGAAAACUCAGAAUCUCAAAGAAGAAUCGGUGCAAAGGGAACAAACUGUAUUCUCCAUGUAGCACCAUGGGGGAUAACUCUAGCAUUACAGAGUACAAGAUCUGUCCUGGCCCAGUGGCCACUGAAGAGUGUGCGGUACUUUGAGGCGGGGGGUCAGGGGAAGUUUAUGUUGGAGGCAGGGAGGGUCGCUCCAAUGGGGGACGGCAUGUAUGUCUUCCAGACCCAGAAAGGCAAAGACAAUUACAUCUAUGAUUUGUUGGAUCAACAUAUUGUUAAUGCUCUCAGCAAAACACAGCCCAGUCGCCGAGGAACAACAGAGGAGAUGGAGGAUUACAUAGUGGAAUCAGAGAAGUUAUCUGCCCUUACCACAAUAUCUCCAGUCACCAUGAGCCAGCCAGAAAUCCAAACAAUUCUCCAGGAGAACUGGAACUUUACAUCCCUAAAUGCUGGUUUCCCCAAACCAAAGCCAGUUGUUCAUGUCAGACAAAACAGCCAAAUGUCAGACACAGGAGCACCUCCUCCUCUUCCAAAUCGCCUGCCAGCACAUCCCCCACACAAUAGUCCAAAUCAUCACUGGUCACCAGCUCAAACAGUCAACCAUGGAUUUCACAACAGUGUGUCGGACUCUCUGCUAGAGAGGCCACCGAUGCCCCCUCCCUCGCCAGCUCGCUCAUCCACCAAAUCUUCCAAACCAACUGACCGUGACUCUCAGACCAAACCACUGACCAUACCAGCCGGGAAUGGAAGAGUCAGUCAAGCAUACUUUCGAAUGAAUUCAAGCUCAAGUAGUGGUGUACCUCACAGCAUUUCUUCCCAGUUUUCUCCCAUAGGAAACUGGACCCCACCUCCAACAUUUCAGGAGGCUACUGCCUAUAGUCUGAUGGAUGGAAACUCUACUUUAAAUACACAAGGUGGCUAUCUUACUCCAAGACACAGUGGAGAAGUGGAGCCAAAUCGUGUCUCAGGUUAUCCAGAACAGUAUAUUCUACCGACAAAUGACCGAGAUGCACAAUUCAGUAGUCUUCCUCGAUCAAGACAAAGAAGAAAUUCCAAUGAUAGACAAAGAACAACUAAGUAUAGACUAAGGUCCUCCAGCUGUGACCAGUUAGACUCUUACAAUCUAGAUUCUGCUAUGUCAGAGUCACCCAGAAGGAGAAGUGUAGAUCAGGGAGAAGACAGACCUUAUGAUCUCGCUAAGCCUCAGGCACCAUUUAGAAAUCUGCACAAUUUCAGAGGUAGCAUGGAAAUGAUCAAUGAUAACAGGCGAGGGUCUGUGGAGCAUUAUUACAAUAUCAAUGGUUUGAAAGGAACUGUAGAUGCUAGUCCAAAUCCUACUGUUGGUGAAGUGAGAAAGAGGUUCAAUGAAGGAGCUCGAGAGGACACUCUUACUAGAUCUAUUUCAAAUCCCAACUUCAUGCAGAUCAGUACAAAAGACAAAUUCAGUGAUGCAAAAGCAUACCCUAGCAAGCUGGAUGGCAAACGUAAAAGUAAAUCUUUGUUAAACUUAUUUAGGAAAUCCCGUGAUGGAAAAGACAGAAGAAGUGUUGGGAGCAGUAGUAAUCCCAGCAGUCCCGUGGGAACACUGACCCGACAGACCAGUAUACCACUCAUUAGUAUAGGAGGGAAAGAUGUUUACUUCACUGAGAGAUCCCGCUCAUUUAGGAAACCCAAGAAUAAAGGUACUGAUAGUGCAGAAAAUACUCCCCCAAACAGCAGACAUAACAGUUACAGCAAGGCAUCAGCCAGAGAUUUACCGCCAUCUGGAAGCAGGCAUAGCAGUGCAUCCAAGUCCCCAGCAAUAUCUAAAAAAGAUCUCCCACCCUCUGGUAGUCGAUAUACAAAAUCACCAGCAGCAAAGCGUAGGGACCUUGUGAAUACAGUGUCACCCCCACUACCGAAACGAGAAAGGUCUUCGUCUUACGUGAAUGUAGUACACUCACAUUCAGGGAGUGAUAUUUCUAGUAACACUGGUAGUAACAGCAUAAUCCACAACAGAUCUGGGAGUGACAUAGGCAGCAGCAGCAUAGGAAGCAGACACAGCACAGAGAUGAGGCAUAACAGCAGCAGUAAAGCUGAAACCGUGUGCUGAUUGGUUAAAAAUAUCCAUCUUAUCAAAACCUGAAUUAGUCAUUGAAGUACAGCUCUAUUGUCAUAUGUAAUUUCUUGUCUAAUCAAUAAUCAUGUAUAUUUUCAAAAUUAGUACUUUAAUUAUAACAAAAUCAAAAUAUUAAUUUUACGCAUUUGCAUUAUAGAUUGUACAUGUAUAUAUAUAUAUAUAUCUCUUUCUUGCCUGUAGCUGUUUAUUGAUGUAAAAAGUUCUGAUUUAGUUACUGUAGUUAUAGAAUGAUGGAAUAUGAUGGUGUAUAUAAUACAUAUAUUAUUUCCCAUAAAAUGGGGUUAGUGUUUUAACAAAUGUGAGAAAAAGAAUAUUAGUAAAAUCCUGAAACAUGAUCAAAAGUAAAUUAAAAAUUGUUCAGAUUUGUUAAUACUCUUAAAUGUUUAAAUAGUACAUGUAAUAGGAUUUCUAUCUCUAUGUACAAGAAGCCUCUAAUUUUGCAUCAGAGGACAUAGUUUUAGGUGUUGUGUUUCCAGUAAAUUUGUUACGGCCAGAGAGUUACAUGUUGUGUUCAUGCUGUUAUUUUUUAUCCAUUUUUUACAUAAAUUACAUGGAAUGUAUACAUUAUGUUUUUAAAACUAGUGUCAAGCACUUCUCGUGUAUGUAAGUUUCUAUUUUAUUGAAAACCAGAAACAAACCAUUUACAGAUUCUGAUAGCAAUGAAAGUAAGCGAUUAUUAUUGUUUUUGAUAAGUCUAGUUAUAAAUAUGGACAUUAUUUUAACAGUUUUAGUCAUAUCUCCCCAGAUUAUGAUAAAAACUGAACCAAAAAAGGUCUAUCUGUCACACAAUACAGGGUUUUAUGUGUUACAAAGGCAUUACUUUUUUUUAUUGUACACAUUAAUUACACAUCAAAAUUAAUUCAGUUUUUUUUUGUUUCUCAUAGUUUUACUUUAUUUAUGGUUGGCGUACAGAUAACAAAUACUUUACCGGGUACUUUUGGGUAUUAAUGUGCAAUCUGCAUAAUAGUCAUUUAACAAGAAUUUCAUUUCAUAACAAACUUUUUUUUUUUUGUAUUGUUCAUUAAGAUAUAAUUUUAUUUUUGAAUGAAUAAGAUUUUUAUGUUCUUUGAGAACAGAAAGCAUUUUAUUCCAUAUAUUUCAAGAAGUUUUAUUACUGUACAGUACUUUAAAGGUAAUGAUAGAGAAACCCCACCACUUAACAAGCUCAAAUGAUAUACAGGUACCUAUCAGUACUCACUUUGUGGUGUCACUAGGGUGCAUGGUGAAAGAUUCUGAUAAUGUAGUCAGUUUGAAAGGCAAUAAAAGUUGAGCCCAGUGAAUAUUUUGUACACUAAGGUUAAAUUUAUGAGAGGUCCCAUGUUACUGAAUGGUUUUUAUACCAGUUUACACUUAUAUGUACUUACAUAUAUGUAUUAUAUAGCUACUUAUAGUUACACCAUAUGUUAAUUUUUUUAUACAAGUUAAUGGUUGAUAUUUUUUUUUAAUGGUUGAUGAUGUAUAGUAUGCAAAUGUUUUGUUAUUGUUAAUGAAAUACAUGUAUUCUACUUGAAUUUCAGUUUUGUACAUUGAGAAAAAAUAAGAUUAAAAGAAAUAUUUUGUUCACAUGUUUGACUUUUGUAUAUUAAUUUUGUUUCCUUAUUAUAAUCAAAAAAGUGUAAAUUUCUAUUUUAUGAGAAUUUUGUAAAUAUAAAGCAAGAAAAACAUUUUUUGUUUACAUCUUUUAGCAGAGUUGACCAGCAUUAAGAUAUUCAUUUUUAAAAUGAUGUAAAAUUUAUAUGCAUUUUUGAUUAGUACAUGUUGUAAAACUGAAUGAAAUACUAUGUGGUUGUUUUUAUUCAAUAAUUGGUGCAUUAUCAACCAAAUGGCAAAAAUUUCUUUUGAAUUGUAGAUAUUAAAGUUGUUUCAAAUUCCUGAAGUGGAAUUAUGAAAUGAAAUUGCCUAUUGACCUCACUUUUAUAUACAUCAAGAGAUUAUGUGUCUCGCGGAAUGUAAUAACAAGCUCCUGCAAGGAUAUGUUCUUAUCUUUUCUUUACAAUAACAAAGCAUAAGAGCUGAUCAAAUGGGAUAUUUUCUUCAUAAAUUCCUCUCCGAUAGUUUUUAAAUGUUUUAAUGAAGAUUAAUUGAAAGCAAAAAUGAAUGUACAUACAUGUAUAUGAAACAAUUUAGUGGUAAACCCUGCUUAGUGAUGUUCUAUGCAAGAAUGUGAUUGAUCUUAAAUCUAUUUUUACAGUCUGUUGACUGAUGAAUCUACAGAAGCACCAUCUAGAAGACAAAAUUCAAAGUUAUGUAAUUAUGCCAAUUUUGACAGUUGAUAGAAUAUCAGGAAUAGGCCAACAGUUCCUUGCCUUUCAAGUCAAGUUUCAAACACUCAGAUACCAGUAUCUUGUAGGUCUUCCACUGUUCCCUUAGGUUUGAUUUUUGAGGCUCGAUUGUAUCAAAUUUUGAACAUGGUAUAUUUCAUUAUUUUGUUUUAAAGAGCACAAAUUUGUAAAUUGUACAGGAUUUUUUUUUUUAAGUUCUCAAUUUAUUUGUUGGCAUCUUGUAUUCUUAGUCCUUCCUUUUUGAGUACAUAUAAUGUCAUAGACAUAAAUUUUAAAACAAAAUUUAUUAUAAAUUACUCCUCAGAUGGAAAAUAUACAUGUCUGUCUACCUGCCAGAUCUUGUUCAUAGUUGAUCAAAUGCUAGAUAAAUGCUCUGAAUUUAUAGAAGUAUACAUUUUUGUCUUUGCUAUCCAUGUAAACCAUUUUCUGUUUAUGGUUGUUGCUUUUACAAUGAAGUAUUAAAUACUGAAUUUAUUCACUAA